AUGACCCUCCCCACUAGCCCAUACUCGUUCUCUUUGCUCCUCCUAGUUCUCAUUCUCUCUUCCGCUUUCUUCCUCACAACAGCUUCUGAAUCUAAAGCUGAAGAUGAAUAUUCCUACACUGAGGGAAGUAGUACAGGACCAGAGAAUUGGGGAAAUAUCAACCCAAAAUGGAAAGUUUGCGGGGAUGGAAAAUCUCAAUCUCCCAUUGAUUUCUCAGACGAAAAGGUUCAGGAAUCUCUUAAUCUGGGUGAACUUCAGAAAGAAUACAAACCAGCUCAUGCUGUCCUAAAAAAUAGGGGUCAUGACAUCAUGAUCCAAUGGGAGGGGGAUGCAGGUGAGCUUAACAUAAAUGGAACUUCCUACAAACUGUCGCAAAUUCAUUGGCAUACACCUUCAGAGCACACGCUCCAUGGAUCAAAGUUUGACUUGGAACUGCAUGCAGUCCAUCAAAACUCUAAAGGAGAGAUAGCUGUUAUUGGAGUAUGGUAUCAAAUUGGUCAGGCAGAUCCAUUGCUUUCAAAGCUGCUAAAGUACAUAAAAUCAAUUGGCGAUGAUGACAUAGACUUGGGAGAAGUUAACCCCGCAGACAUCAAUUUUGGUAGAAAGUAUUACAGAUAUGUUGGUUCUCUUACAACUCCACCAUGCACUGAAGGUGUCAUUUGGACAGUAAUGAACAAGGUGAGCACAGUCUCAAAAGAGCAGCACAGUGCUUUAAUAGCAGCUGUUCAUCAUGGAUUUGAGAAAAAUGCAAGGCCAACGCAGGAGCUUAAUGGAAGACAAGUUUGGUUUUAUAAUCCGAAGGAGCCUCAAGAAGAGUCUACCUAA